CCCCGCGAGCUCCCGCCGCGCCGCGCGCCGCACGCCGAGGGCCGCCCCCGCCGAGCUCCGGGCAGGAGCGCGCGGCCGCCGGAGCCGGGCACGGGUGGGGACGGCGCCUUUUGUCCCCGGAGGUUCCUGCAAGUUUGCGGCGGGACGCGCGUGGGGAGGCGGCCGGGGCAGCCCCGACGUCGCGGGAGCGAGGGCGCCGAGCCAGCAUGGGCAGCGGGCGCGGCGCUGGGGGCCGCCGCGGGGCCGCCGGGGGCGUGCUGCUGGCGCUGGCCGCCGGGCUGCUGGCCGCGGGUUCGGCCAGCGAGUACGACUACGUGAGCUUCCAGUCGGACAUCGGCUCGUACCAGAGCGGGCGCUUCUACACCAAGCCGCCGCAGUGCGUGGACAUCCCGGUGGACCUGCGGCUGUGCCACAACGUGGGCUACAAGAAGAUGGUGCUGCCCAACCUGCUGGAGCACGAGACCAUGGCCGAGGUGAAGCAGCAGGCCAGCAGCUGGGUGCCCCUGCUCAACAAGAACUGCCACAUCGGCACCCAGGUCUUCCUCUGCUCGCUCUUCGCGCCCGUCUGCCUCGACCGGCCCAUCUACCCGUGCCGCUGGCUCUGCGAGGCCGUGCGCGACUCCUGCGAGCCCGUCAUGCAGUUCUUCGGCUUCUACUGGCCCGAGAUGCUCAAGUGUGACAAGUUCCCCGAGGGGGACGUCUGCAUCGCCAUGACCCCGCCCAAUGCCACCGAAGCCUCUAAGCCCCAAGGCACAACGGUGUGUCCUCCAUGUGACAACGAGUUGAAAUCUGAAGCCAUAAUUGAACAUCUGUGUGCGAGCGAGUUUGCACUGAGGAUGAAAAUAAAAGAAGUGAAAAAAGAAAAUGGUGACAAAAAGAUUGUCCCCAAGAAGAAGAAGCCCCUGAAGUUGGGGCCUAUCAAGAAGAAGGAACUGAAGAAGCUCGUCCUGUACCUGAAGAAUGGGGCCGACUGCCCCUGCCACCAGCUGGACAACCUCAGCCACAAUUUUCUCAUCAUGGGCCGCAAAGUGAAGAGCCAGUACUUGCUGACGGCAAUCCACAAGUGGGACAAGAAAAACAAGGAAUUCAAGAACUUCAUGAAGAAAAUGAAAAAUCAUGAAUGUCCCACUUUUCAGUCAGUCUUUAAGUGAUUCUCACGGGCAGGUUGGGGAGGGAGCCGUGGGUUGGGGUGAGGGUGGGGGCUGAGCAGACCUCCUGGAACCGCAGUGGUUCACACUCACUGCUCUUCCUGUUGCCAGAGGACCUUGUAAUCCAGUUGGCUUCCCUCUUGCACUGUCCCACUCCUUCCCCCCCAUAGCCGCACUCCAGACCCCAGUCCAGCCAGUAUUUAAAGCCGCACGCCCAGGUAAAGAAAACCGGUUAGAUUAGGAAGCCUCUUAAGAUCUGCAGUGUGGAACAGCAUGUUACUCAGUAAAAGGAGGUGCAAAACCAUUUCGACCAGAGACACAGUCACUAGAAAAGAAAAUGUUGCUGGCAAACAAAGGGGAUUGGCAAAAAGUGAGAGCAGCAAAAAUGAAAUUCUGCAACUUUCUUUGUCAAUACAAAUUGCUUGUGGAUCAGGUAAUCUAUGCCUUUGGAACUAGAAAAUUCUGACUAUGGGUAAGACACGUUGCUUUCAGUUCCAGAGUAAUUUCUCUUUCUGUCUCCUUUAGACAGAAACACACGCACCAUGCUUACAACCUAAGAUCAGUUCUGGAAAGUCAUGGGUGCAGGGAAGCAAAGUGCAAGUAGAGUGUCAGAGGGACAGUGGGGUGGUCCUGCUGCCCUGCCUUCCACAUGGCUGUCUCUCGAUACGAUCAGCCAGUCUCGGGGGCCCUGUAAGUGGCAGUUAACAUCAGCUCCAUGCAUGAUCUAAUCUCCAGGCAUUGGCAGGGCGGCACGCGCCUGCCUUUGUGUGAGGGGAAAGAAACACGGCGGGCAGCAAACCCACAGCAUGAGAGAGAGGAUGACUUUCAGACCGAGAGGCAACCAUUAGUGGUUUUCAGAAAACAUAGUUAAAGAAGAAAAAAAGAAAAAAGUUUAGAACAGUCCAGCAAAUUGCUAGUCAGGGUGAAUUGUAAUUGGGUGAAAAGCUUAGUAUUCUAAUUUCAUCUGUUUGUUCAUUUCACAUAUUUUUUUAAAGAACAACAACAAAAACCCCACUUACUUUUCAAGGUUUUAGAGAAAGUCUACACUGAGCGUUUGAAAGGUGUAACUAAGACCAAGUUCUCUGGUGCCUGCAAGGCUGCCUUCUAGCAGAGCUGUUCUCUCAUUAGGCGUUUGGGGUGGGAGGUGGACACGCCUGGUGGCAUAGCUGUGUGGUCCUUGUUGCUGAGGAGUUCGGGGCUGCCCUGGACCCAACACAAUGCUAAUCAAAACUCACAGUGCUUCCCCUUCUUUUCUUUCCUGUGAAGAAAUGGAUUCCUUUAACUUCAUUGCCUUUAGAUCAAAGCAACUCAGAGCAGCCUUCCUGCCUGUUCUCCUGCACUUAAAAAAAAAAUCUUUUUUUCAUUUCUGCAGAGGGAAAGUUGAGCUACAAGUGUCCCCAUCCAAGGAGAGAGUUCCAAAGGCAGAACAUGCCUGCAGUUCCCCAGUGCCCUGAGUAUUUCUCAAAGCCCUCGUGGUUAGUGAGCGAUGCACAUAAACCUGUUCACUUAUGCAACUUUGCUCCCCUGUUCAAUGUGGAGUAUAGGAAGUAAUUCUAAAAAAUUAAUGUUAAUUUCUUCCCCGAGCCUGAUUCUUAAUUCUCUGUAACAUCUAGAGGACUUUAGUGACUGUCCCUCUGGGCGAGUGUUUAUACCCAGCCCGGAUGCCACAGUGAGGCUGGAAAGUGUCACCUCUGGCCCCAGCCUGAUGCGGAAACAGUGGAAGAUUCUGUUAACUUCCUAAGACUCCAGUCUGAAAAUCAGCCUGCCAACUUCAUUACCUGCCUGAGGGUUAUCCUGAUAACAAUUAACUUCUCACAAUUAGUGAGCCCAUCAUUUUAACACGUUUUUUGGUUCUCUCUGCCCUUUAAUCAUAAAGUGUUGGGGAUCUUCAGUGAUUUGCCUGUAAUUUUGGAUGAUUUUUAAAAAAUGUAUGUAUAUUAGUUAAUUAGAAAUAUUCCACUUUCAUAUUGUCAACUGAAAUUCAGAGUGAUUUCAUGGGCGCCUGGAUCUGGGUCUUAGUUUCGGUCGAUUAACUCGAGAGCUCAGUGCUCGUGUGUAUCUGCUCGUUGGACAGAGUGCACCCUGCCACAGAGCCCUCUGUCCCAGGCCGGGGCCUGAGGGGAGGGGUUGAUGUGGGGUACUGGCAGUUACGCAGAAAGACAUGGCAGAGAGGCGGCCAUGCUGAGCAACUCUCUAAAUGGGAAUUCUCAGGCAGGAAGUGACGUUUUCAGAAAGAUUGAAAAUCAGUUGGAAAUGUGAAUUGCAGCUGCAGCUUUACCCCAACCACGGAGCCCCUGGACCUGGAGUUUCACUGUGGACUUGAGACACACCAGCUUCGUCUCUUGCACUCUAGCAGUUUCAGGGCACAAAGCUGCAUUUUUAUCACAAACCUUUGUUUUUCUCAACAAAGGAUAUCACAAAACCAAUGUGCAGACUCAUUGCUUUGUCCUUGAUUUCCAAAGCGGAGGUCUGUAUGUGAUUUGGUAAUUAUUGCUAGUGCAAAGGUCGUAUUUGUAAAGAUUUAGAAUAAUCAUUCUGGGUAGAAUCCGGUGAGGUCAUUGGCAGAACUCGGCUAAAUCUUUGAAGAGCAGUAGUCGUUAUCUUAGAAGACAGAAAGUGAGGUGAGAAUUCUAAGAACACUUUACUUUUGGAAUAUCCUGUGUAACCCUUGGCUCUUGGUGCGGUGAACUAGCACCAAGGUCUCCCUAAGGCAGAAUCCAGUGAGAGCUCCUGUUUUCCUUUGGAUCCGGAAAUUACAGACACCCCACUGCCCGCACCUAGACUCUGCCUUCUCCUCCGACACCACCUGAGCAGUCGCUCUGUGGGAGCGCCACAGAUGGGGUGGGGCCAGACGAUGUGGUUUAGAAGUACACCUUAGGUAACUCUGUGGAACCUGCACUGGCCAUUGUGACCUGCCACCAGCAGAUAUGUGGACACAGACGAAAUUGCCCUUGCCUCUAGUUCCUUCUUGUAGCACUCCUCUUUUAGAGUCUAAAUCUUUUACAAAAGCUUUGAAUACUGUGAAAAUGUUUUACAUUCCAUUUCGUUUUGUUGUUUUUUUAACUGCAUUUUACCAGAUGUUGUGAUGUUAUCACUUAUGUUAAUAGUCAUUCCCGUAUGUGUUCAUUUUAUUUUCAUGCUUUUCCUGCCAUGUAUCAAUAUUCACUUGACUAAAAUCACUCAAUUAUUCAA